AGAGGCAAGGCUACUGGCCUACUCCUGAGGAAAGGGAAAAACGGAGACUCAAAGAAGAAAAAAGGACAACAGACGAUUCUCAGUGAGUGGAAGCGCAAGGAAGGUCGCCGGUGAACAGUUUCCGCGGAGAAAUAUUGUGGGUUAUAGAAUUAUAACAGCCGUCGUCCAUAGCUGAUACCCCAUGGAGGCAUUUUAAGUAGAAGGCCGUAAAAGGCACUGGUAUUGUCAAGCUCACUCUGUACCCAACUCUGAGUAGAUAUGAUAUCUCUGCAACUGCUACCUCCUUUGCCUGCCCUGCAAAUCCCCAAUUUUCACUCUAAACAUGCUAUAAAUCCUAACCCUCUCUUGUCCCACUGGUCCCCACCCUUCAAGAACUCUAAUUUCUCCUCAAAUUCCUUAUCCAAUGCCCAGAAGAAUCUUUGCUUUACAAUUCUUAGUCUUCACAAGAAUUCAGAACCCCUUCAUUCCACACAUACCCAUUUCACCUCUCUCCCUCAGAACCAUAAACCCAAUCUCAAAAACCCCCAAUUUCAAAAUCCUGCAGUUCAGUUUCUGAGGUUAAGAUGCUAUCGGAUUAAGGGUUCUGAUGAGGAGACUAAGACUGUGGUUAAUUCAGGCGGUGAUGAUGGUAGUGAUGGUAGUAGUGGAAGUGGAGGUGGGGAUGAUGGUGAUGGGGAUGUGGAGAAGAGUGGUGGAAUUUUGCCAGAGUGGUUGAAUUUCACUUCUGAUGACGCAAAGACUGUGUUUGCUGCGCUAGUGAUUUCGCUUGCCUUUCGGUCUUUUAUUGCUGAGCCUAGGUAUAUUCCUUCAUUGUCGAUGUAUCCCACUUUUGAUGUUGGUGAUCGUGUUGUUGCAGAGAAGGUUACGUACUAUUUCAGAAAGCCUUGUGCAAAUGAUAUAGUGAUUUUUAAAAGUCCACCAGUGCUUCAGGAAGUUGGAUACACUGAUGAUGAUGUCUUCAUUAAACGAGUUGUUGCAAAGGAAGGUGAUAUUGUGGAGGUUCGUGCAGGGAAGCUUAUAGUCAAUGGAGUUGUGAGAAAUGAAAAUUAUAUUCUUGAACCGCCUUCUUAUGACAUGACACCAAUUCGUGUACCUAAGAACUCAGUUUUUGUGAUGGGUGACAACCGCAAUAACAGUUAUGAUUCACAUGUGUGGGGUGCCCUUCCUGCAAAGAAUAUAAUAGGAAGAUCAUUUUUUCGCUAUUGGCCCCCAAACAGGAUAGGUGGCACAGUUCUUGAGACUGGCUGUGCUGUUGACAAUCAGGAGAGUAUUUCAGCAUCUGAAUAGCUCUUCCUACUCUUCAGUCCUAUUCCUUCCCUUAAUAAUUUCUGAUCUUCUAUUUAUCUAUAAAUAUCUGCAACCCAUUGUUCGCCAAAGGCCAUUUUUAUCUGAACUUUUUCAAUGGCCUUAUAGUUGUGCCAAUUGAAACCAAUGAAAUUAAAUCUCUUUC